AUGGCGCAUGACCAAGGUGGCUCAAAUCAAGAAAAUUGGAAUAACAACAACAACUUCGCAAAUCGGUGUUCAAAUCCUUAUGUUCCUCCAAAGGGUCAAUAUUCAAAUCAAGGUUCCUCAAGUGAUUCCAAGUUGGAAAUCAUGCUUGAACGGGUAUUGCAAAAUCAAGAGAAGUCCGACACUUCUAUGAGGAACAUGACCGAGCUUGUUGGAUCUCAUACCGCAUCUAUUCAAAAAUUAGAGAUGCAAAUGAGAGACCCCUCUAAGGAACAAAAUCCAAAGCAAAAGGGAACACUCCUUAGUGACACAAUUGCGAACCCAAGGGGUAGUGGGAGUGGUCCAACUUCUCAUAUUAUGGCAAUUACUACUCGGAGUGGGAAGGUACUACAAGGAGAGGGUGAACAAGUGAUUGAAGUAGAAGAGUCCGAACAAGGCGUUGAAGUUGAAGAGCCAAGUAUUGUCGAAGUUGAAAAGAUUCCGGAAGAUUUGCAAGUGCAAAAAGACAACCGGGAAGAGGUAAAGGAAAAGGUAAAAGAGACACCAAAAACACUUCCACCUAUUCCUAGACGUCCUCCUCCAUUCCCUCAAAGACUUGCUAGGAAGGUUGAUGAUAGCAAACUCGAAAAGUUGUAUGACAUUCUAAAGCAAUUAUCAGUGAAUAUUCCGUUUGUGGAAGCAUUUCAAGAGAUGCCCGGGUUAGCUAAAUAUUUGAAAAUUUUGAUCACAAAGAACAGAACCACCAAGAAUGAAGUGGUGAAUGUGACUCACCGGGUUAGUUCCAUCAUUGCAAUAUCUACCGUUCAAAAGAAAGAAGAUCCGGGAGCUUUCACCAUUUCAUGUACUAUUGGGGCACAUGACUUUGCAAGAGCCCUUUGUGAUAAUGGGGCUACCAUCAACUUAAUGCCUCUUGCCAUUUAUAAGCAAGCAGGGUUAGUUAUGCCAAGGCCCACAAGUAUGAGAUUGCAAAUGGCCGAUCGUUCCAUAAAAAGACCGGUGGGAAUUGUUGAUGAUGUGCUUGUUAAAGUGGGAAAGUUUCAUUUACCCGCCGAUUUCGUAAUCCUUGAUUGUGCGGUUGACAAAGAAAUCCCUAUCAUUUUGGGGAGACCAUUCCUUGCCACAGGAAGAGCACUAAUGGAUUCGAAACAGAAUGAGAUCAAAUUCCGGGUGAAUGAUGAAGAGGUUACAUUCCAAGCAAGCAAGGGUAUGAAACUACCACAUGAAUAUGAGAGCAUCUCGGUGAUUGAUGUUGUUGAUGAAGUGGAAGAUGCGGUUGAAAUGAAGAUGGAAGAACAAUGCCUUGGUGAGGCGUUAGCGGCUAUUUUGGAGAACUUUGAUGGUGAAGAUAUGGAAGGAUAUAUGGAAUCGGUAAAUGCAUUGGAGGGGCUUGGGUCCUACACUUAUGCUCCGGCAAAGCUCUCUCUCGACUUGGAGAAUAGAUCUACUCCUCCCGCAAAGCCUUCUAUUAUUGAGCCACCGCAACUAGAGCUCAAACCAUUUCCACCACACUCGAGGUAUAAGUUUUUUGGCUCAAGUGAUACUUUACCUGUAAUUGUUUCUUCUUUGUUGAAUGAUGUGCAGGUAGAACAGUUGUUGGAUGUAUUGAAGGAGCAUAUGCAAGCUAUUGGGUGGACAAUUGCAGACAUCCGAGGAAUUCCCGCCGAAAUUUGCAAGCACAAGAUCCAAUUGGAGAAUGAUACUAAAACAAGCGUGGAACACCAAUGA